CUGGACUCAGAGGGGUCAAACGGUGCGCCCUUGGCAUCACACCAACCCCCUCCUUGUGUCUGAACUAGGGUCCGUCACAGAAAAUAAAUCAAGCACAAUAUGGUGGAGCCCGUUGGAUUCAUAGAGGCUUGGAAGGCACAAUUCCCUGAUUCGGAGCCCCCAAAGAUGGAGCUGCGGUCCAUUGGAGGUAUUGAGCAGGAGCUGGAGAAGUGCAAAGCGUCCAUCAGACGCCUCGAACAGGAGGUGAACAAGGAGCGCUUCCGCAUGAUCUACCUGCAAACCCUCCUGGCAAAAGAGAGGAAGAGCUAUGACAAACAGCGGUGGGGUUUCAGGAAGACACCAUUGAAUGAGGGGGUAGACCCUGCAGCCACCCAGGGUUCAGAGUCACCGUCUCAGCAGCCCCACAUGCAGGAGACUGGUGGAGUUGGAGGUGCUGGAGGAUACGCUGUGGUGGAUAGGAGUCGUUUUCAGCCACUUGGGGAUGGUACUGGCAGGUCCAAACCGAGGCCGCCACCAGCCAGGAAGUCAGCUUCCCAUGGAGACGGCUUGGAGUCAGCGUUUGACUCACCCCAACAAGCAGAGUCUACGUCCUGCGACAACCUCGAUGGCCUCUCGCCAUCUAAGCAGAGGGGUGGCAUCACCCUGUCCCCCCGCAGGCCCACACUUCCACCCCCAGAUAAGGAUCUGCCUUCUGACCCCAAAGAUAAGCUUGGGAUGGGACUUGGUGUAGCAGCUCUCAGGUCCAAUUUUGAGAGGAUCAAACGGGCCAACUCUCACUCUGCUGGAGAUGUAGGUAAGGGUCAGGAAAAGCAGCUCCCACCACCACCACCAUUCUACACUAACAUGGAAUUCCAUCAUGAGAGGGGUUUGGUCAGGGUCAACGACCGGGAUGUGUCGGAUAAAAUCAGCUCCCUGGGUUCUCAGGCCAUGCAGAUGGAGCGAAAGAGGUCUCUUCAUUCCCUUCCAGGCAAUCUGGCAACAGUGGCAGGUGAACUUCGUGCCAGGCCGGUGUAUAGAGGACGGUCUACUGAGAGCACCUGUGGCUAUGACGCAGAAUACGAAGACGGAGAACCCAACCAGCGACAUUCAGGGAGGGCCAACGGGGGUAAACCUCCACCACCUCCUUGGCAACCAUCUGAGUUCCAAGCCUACUCCAGCGUCUAUGUUGGUGGAGUAAUGAUGGGUGAAGGUGGCAGUGGGGAUGGACGUGGAGGUGGCAUUGGAAUCACAAUGAGAGACCACAGCGGAGGUGAUGAUCACCUCUUGACCUGGCCACGCCGCUCCUACUCCCCAGGUAGCUUUGAGGAUGCUGGAGGGGGUGGUGGCUACACACCGGACUGUAGCUCCAACGAGAACCUGACAUCCAGUGAGGAGGACUUCUCCUCUGGCCAGUCUAGUCACGUCUCUCCGAGUCCCACCACAGCCUUCCGUCGUCCCUUCAGAGAGAAGAGCAGGUCACCUUCCCAAAACUCCCAGAACUCCCAACACUCCUAUGACAGCAGCAGCCCUCCUACGCCGCAGUCUCAGAAGCGUCACCACAGGCAGCAGGGAGGCCAUGUGGUCAUGUCUGAGGCAACUAUUGUGAGUGUUCGCAAGACAGGUCAAAUCUGGCCCCCUCCUGUCCACCAUGACCUCCUGCCCCAUGGUAGAACAUCCCAUGACAACAGUUUUCAUGGAGACCACUUAGAUGGCCAUUUCACUGGAACUCCUCCAACGUACGGUUACGAUGCAGACCGAGCAGAGGAGCAGCGGCGGCACCAUGACAUCCUGCCGUACAUUGACGACUCGCCGUCGUCCUCGCCGCACCUCAGUUCCAAGAGCCGUAGCAGCCGGGAUACACUCUCCUCAGGAUCAUUGGAGUCCUCCAAGUCGACUGAGUGUGACCUUGAAAAGGGUUUGGAGAUGAGAAAGUGGGUCCUGUCUGGGAUCUUGGCCACAGAAGAAGCAUACCUCAGCCACCUUGAGGCUCUUUUACUGCCAAUGAAACCAUUGAAGGCAGCUGCUACAACAUCCCAGCCUGUUCUCACAGUGGCCCAGAUUGAAACCAUCUUCUUCAAAGUGCCUGAGCUGUACGAAAUCCACAAGGAGUUUUACGACGGACUUUUGCCCCGCGUCCAGCAGUGGAGCCACCACCAGAGGGUCGGAGACCUCUUCCAGAAGCUGGCCAGCCAGCUUGGAGUGUAUCGAGCAUUUCUGGACAACUAUGAGCUUGCUGUAGAGACAGCGGAGAAGUGCUGCCAGGCCAACUCGCAGUUUGCUGAAAUCUCUGAGAACCUGAAGGUGAGGAGCCCUAAAGACUGUAAGGAUACAGCCAAGAACUCCCUGGAGGCUUUACUGUAUAAACCUGUGGACCGGGUGACACGCAGCACU